AUGGUGCAUCCGCUGACGAGAUCUGGAGUUCUUGCCCUGCAUCAUGUUCCUCUGCUGCCAAGAACUACCCAUCAUGUGAGGAAGACGCUGAUCUCUUCUCGAGCCAACAACACUAGCAUCGUGGGAAGAUCUCAUGGAUAUGCCUUUCGAACACAAAUAAUGGCGAAACGAUGGAUGCAGUCCAGUGCUGGACAGAAUAAUGAUCAAAAUCCAAUGGCUGCUACCAAGGAACGAAUUCGACUAGAUCACAAUUACUGUGUAGACUUGGUGAGAGACAGAGACAGGGAAGGAUACUUAUGCGGAUUGUUAAUGCCCAAAAAGGUGCAACAAGAAUACUUUGCUCUCUUGGCAUUCAACGUGGAAUUGGCUUCUGUCAAGCAAGGGAGUGCGAGGCUCCGAGGUGGGGCAGAUAAUAGCACAUUGGCAGUUCAGCUCAAAUUUCAACGAUGGAAAGAUCUCCUCGAUGCAGUCUACACGGGCAGUAGCACUUUGGAGCAAGCAGCAACAUCCUUGUCUUCGUUUGCGGCGGACCCGGUGGCUGCCUCGUUGGCACGGGCAAUCCAUGACAAGGAACUGACGCGGAGGUUUUUGGAACGCCUGAUCGAAGCCAGAGAAGCCGAUGUGGAUGUGGUGCAGUGGAAUACAAUGCAAGAAGUCACGCGGUAUGCAGAGGAAUCGGUCAGUAGUCGACUCUAUCUGACCCUGGAAUGUUUGGGAAUUCGCAAUGACGACGCCGAUAUUGUGGCAUCUCAUGCCGGAGUGGGCAUGGGCGUCUUGGUCAAUCUACGAGCUGCACCCGUGCGGGUAGUGAUGGGGGAAAUCCCAAUCCCUGUCGAAUUGUUGCCGGCUACCUUUCCCUACAGCAUCCUGCAAGAUUUGGCCGACUAUCCAGAGGAGACGACCUGGCCGGAUGAACGCGACAAACUGGACUGGGACGAGGCUGUCCAACAAAUGGCAAUGCUGGCAUCGGGCCAUUUGAUAAAGGCGCAGUCAUUACAGGGUCAAAUCCCAAAAGCAGGACGUUCCUGUCUGUUGCCCAUGGUUCCGGCACUGCAUUACUUGUCCAAACUGGAAUCCGAUCCAAUCAACUACAAUGUCUUUCAUCCCCAACUUCGUGGAGUUGAUGUGGAUCGAUGGGAUCGAGUCAAGAUGCUACUCGUGCUCAGUCGAUCAUGGCUAACUGGAGUAUAUUAG